UGACGCCCUACAUUUCCUGUUUCUGCACAUGUUUGAGCUGUAUGCAAACAGAGUACAUUUUUCGGAUUGUCAGUUCAGUUUUAACUAGCAAAGAUGCAGGUCUGCAAUGUUUGCAGGGAAAAAACACCGAAGUAUAGAUGUCCAGCCUGUAAAAUCAGAUAUUGCUCCCUUGACUGUUACAAGAGUCAUAAAGACAUCUGCCUUCCUGUUGAGCAGCCUGCACCUGUUCCUCCUGAAGCUAAAGCAGCCUCAAACACUGAGCCGUGGACUGUCGAGGAUCUUCUGCAUGAUGAAGAUGUCACUGACAAAGUGCCUUUGCAGAGGCUCCAGCAGUUAGGCCAGUCUAAAGAACUACAAGAUCUUCUUUGCAACCCCCAUCUGAGACAGUUGUUACGUACCAUUGACAGCGCAGACAGCAAACCGGAUGCUAUGAAGGUUGCCAUGCAGGAGCCUCUGUUUGUUGAAUUUUCAGAUAGGUGUUUGAAAAUUGUAGACAAUGAAGCAAAAUCUUUACCAUCCAUUGAAACUGAUGACUUGUAAAAUCACGUAUCAAGAUUAUACCUUUGUAGCCCUACAUGUAUUCUGUACAGUUUGUAAAAAAAAAUGUAUGUUCGUUUUCUGGGCCUUAUUACGCUACAGAAUGUAUAAAGUAUUUUAAUAAAUGUUGAGUUUUUUCACA